AUGGCCGACGACCUUGUCAAGACGGUCGUCAAGUACACGAGCGCAACGUCCAAGGCCGACAAGGUCUCCAAGUCCAUCGGCUUUGGCUGCGCGACGCUGGCCCGCGUCAUCGAGUUCUACGCGGCCAAGCCGACGCGCCACUCGGUGGGGCUCGGCGCCGUCGCGUCCCAAAUCAGCUACGCCCGCUACGUCACGCGCUUUACGGGCAUCUUUGAGUGCAUCGAAGCGCUCCAAAACGACUCGUGGACGUACGCGGACGACGACCCGCGCGUGCGCCAGCUCGUCAAGCUCCAAGUGUACUCGAUGUUGCUCUACUACCCGCUUGAGCACGUCUCGUUCGUCGGCUUUGUCGCACCGAAAUGGUUCAACGUCGAUGCGAUGCGCGCGAUGCGGCAGUCGUGUAUGGCCUGGACGGUGUACGUCGUGCUCGACAUGUACGCCAACCACCUCCGCCUCACGAAGCUCGCAAAGCGAGAAAAGAUGCUCGAGGCCAAGAUCAUCGACGAGGCGAACCCGGACGCGGUCGCUGAACGCGCGACCGAGCUGGCGACGAUUCAGUCGACGCGCCAGUAUCUGAUCAUCAACCAGUGGCGCAACGUGCUCUUCUUGCCCAACUGCAUCCACUGGUCCUCGGAGCGCGGGAUUAUCCCAGAGGUGCUUGUUCAAUUCCUCGGGUUUGCAGAAGGCGUCCUCGGCAUCUGGCAGACGUGGCCCCACUAG